AGGCUUUCUUUCUUAAAUUUUGUCUUGCCUUAUAGUUGUUGCUUCCCAGGCUAUGUUAAGGAAUCGUUGAGAGUAUUGCAACAACUAACUAGCAAGGGAUGCUUUUUUUUCAAGAAUCAAGCACAAACUGGAAUCAUAGUUAUCAUUUCCAUCUGAGAUAUAUGAUCGACAGUCUAGACUAAAAAGUAACAACGCGGUUCUCAUCGUAGAGCUUGAACGUCGUCAGCGACACUAGCUAGUAGCGUAUUAAUAACUUUAUUUUAUUGGGAUUUUUCUGGUGAUUGGCAAUGAGACAACUGCAUAACAGCGAAUUUAACAUAAAAUACUAAGAAUAUACCGCCAUAACAGUCAAUGUUUCUUCGGAAGGUUGCGUGGUCGCUAGCAUGAUAUCUAUGUUGCAGGUAACUAGAUUGCUAGCCUGGGUGUGAAUGUUGACUGACUGACGCUUAGUUAUAAGGCCUACAAGUUAAUAGAACAUUGCUUAUUGUAAAGAAGAUUUUGACAUUCCUUUAAGUGCCAUUGCUAACUAGAUUCAUACAAACCUUUUGCUUGCUAGCUAAAUUGUAUUAACUCAUUAGCUAACGUUAGAGGAACGAGUUUGUAGCCGGAUAGUUACAUAUAUUUCUACGACAUGGUCGUAGUGCAGCACAGCCCAUUAAGACAUCAAAUUGGUCACCUCUAGAAAUGGACUGUUCUGUGUAAACUGACAGCUGCGUUAUUGCAUUGGGUUAAUGCAGUUUUGUACCAUUCUACAGUUGGGGAGUUUUUGGUGCCACGUUUGACCUGGAUUGAGAUAGCUAACAAGCCGCUAUCAGUCGUCCUGCCAGAGAUAAAAUGUCAGAAAACCAGGGCAACGCGAACAACAACGUCCCGCAAAAUAACAAUGGCGGGGCGAACAGGAUACGAAACCCUAAUAUCAACCAAAACCCACUCAUCAAUGUUCGAGACAGACUUUUCCAUGCCCUAUUCUUCAAGAUGGCAGUUACCUAUGCCAGAUUGUUUCCACCGUCUUUCAGAAGAAUCUUCGAGUUCUUUAUCCUACUAAAGGCACUGUUUAUUCUCUUCAUCCUGGCCUAUAUCCACAUCGCUUUCUCACGCUCGCCCAUCAACUGCCUGGAGCACGUGCGGGAGAAGUGGCCACGGGACGGCAUCCUGCGAGUGGAGAUCCAGCGCAACUCGUCGCGUGCACCCAUCUUCCUGCAGUUCUACGACUCAGACGGUCUCCAGGGCCUGGUCAAGGAGCCUGAGGGGGAGGGAGGAGGAGGGCUGGGCCUGGCCACGCUCCACCACGAGGAGGACGACGACGACGAGGAGGAGAUGACCCUGGAGAUGUUUGACAACAGUUCUGUGAGGUUUGAGCUUGACAUCGAGCCGCGGCUGAAGCCCUCGCUGAGUGGUGGGGGAGGGGGCCUCAACGACAGCCAGGACCUCUCCUUCAGCCAGGCGCCCACUAAAGUGUGGCCUCAGGAGGAAUACAUAGUGGAGUACUCUCUGGAGUACGGCUUCCUCCGCUUGUCCCAGACCACCCGGCAACGCCUCAACAUCCCCGUCAUGGUCGUCACGCUGGACCCCAUGAAGGAUCAUUGCUUUGGGGACAGCUUCAGUCACCUCCUCCUGGAUGAGUUCCUAGGCUACGAUGACAUCCUGAUGUCUAGUGUCAAGGCCCUGGCAGAGAACGAGGAGGACAAAGGCUUCCUCAGGAAUGUGGUGUCCGGGGAACACUACCGAUUUGUCAGCAUGUGGAUGGCCCGCACCUCCUACCUGGCUGCGUUUGUCAUCAUGGUAAUAUUCACCCUGUCAGUGUCUAUGCUGCUGCGCUACUCCCACCACCAGAUCUUUGUCUUCAUUGUGGACCUUCUGCAGAUGUUGGAGAUGAACAUGACCAUCGCCUUCCCAGCAGCGCCUCUGCUUACCGUCAUCCUGGCUCUCGUGGGCAUGGAGGCCAUCAUGUCGGAGUUCUUCAACGACACCACCACCGCCUUCUACAUCAUCCUCAUCGUGUGGCUGGCCGACCAGUACGACGCCAUCUGCUGCCACACCAACACCAGCAAACGUCAUUGGCUGAGGUUCUUCUAUCUGUAUCACUUUGCGUUCUACGCCUACCACUACCGCUUCAACGGCCAGUACAGCAGCCUGGCUCUGGUCACCUCCUGGCUCUUCAUACAGCACUCCAUGAUCUACUUCUUCCACCACUACGAGCUUCCGGCCAUCCUGCAACAGAUCCGCAUCCAGGAGAUGCUGCUGCAGAACCAGCUGGCGGGCCAGGGGGGCAACCAGACGGCCCUGCAGGAUAACCUCAACAACAACAACACCACCACCGCUGCAGCCGGCGCAGCAGCCCCAGCUCGGGGACGGGAAGCCAACGGCCAGGUCCGACCGCCAGAUGAGCCCCUGGCUUCGUCGGUGGCCCAUGCCCAAGGUUCAGCGACCCUGGCUUCCCAGUCAAACGGCCUGGCCGGGAGCGCCACGUUAGAAGGGGCCGUAGGAGAGUUGACGACGGAGCUGGACUGGAUGGGGGAGACGACAGCCAUCAUCACGGAGGCCUUGUCCUCCUCAGCCCCCCAACCUGGGGGGUCUUUGCUGGAAAGCACGGCAGGGGGAUUGCUGGGGGAGGCCAGAGGGGUGGGGAGGGUUGGUGUUUCUGAGGCAGGCCUCAGCGUGGUGGCGGAGAUUCGAAUGGGAGGGGGUGGUGGUGGUGGAGAGAGCACAAGUGGCACUGGUCCCAGCUUGAUGGCAGUGGAAAUCAAAACCAUAGUGGCUUGUAGAGGCAGUGCAGCAGGAUCAGGCCUGCCUCCUCCCUCUCCUCCAAUGGGAGGACUCCAGGAAGCAGAGACUUGCCUCUCUAGUGUCAGGCCAUACCUUCCUCAACCACCUUCUCCACACACAGACUGCAGUAGGGCAGUGGUUGGGGAGCCAGAAUGCCCCAGGCAGAGCCCCACAGAUUGGGACUCCAAGACAGAGGAAGCCCCCAGCCCCACUCCAUCCUGAGCCCCCCCUCCCUACAUACCCGCUCCCAAAAGCAGAGGAAACAUAUCUUCUCCCCCUCAAUUCUUCUUCCAACACCGCAAGAUGCCGACGUGGCUUUAUUUCUGUAAUGUCAUUCUUACGACACCAAGGAGAAGAAGAGGGGGAUGGAAAGCUGAGGAAAAGAAAAGCCCCGCCCCUCAACUUCUCUUCAAAGGUGUGGAACUGUUCAGAAAUGGCUACCCUGACAUACAUUUUGUUGCCUUGAAAUGUUUUUUUUUUUUUAAUGUAUUUGUAAAAUAAUCAUCAAUCCUAUUGAAUUGGUGAUAUACAAUUCCUUAAAGAUGAUGAUUCUGUUGGUUAGGGGGUGUCUCGACUGGCUAUGGAAAUGGCGGUGUAUGUUUCCUUUUGAGAGCACAGUGGACUUUACAAGGCUGCAAAACAUGAACUCUUGUCCUAUCCAUCCAUUCAUUCCAUCUGGUCCUCAAACCCAGAAAAAAGACAACCCUGUGUUUUGAGUUGCUCAUUUUUCUUUCAGAACUGUUAAACAGGCUAAUAAAGUUGCUGUGGUUUGUCAUGAUACUUGGUCAAACCCCACUUCUCACAAGCUCUCAACUUCUUCUCCAGUUUGGAGGUUGUAGUCCUAACUGGCAACUGGCUCCGCAAGCUUGCUCUAUCCCUGACUGGAGAAUCGUGGGAAAUUGAGUUGAUAUCCACUGUUUUGGAGUGUUAAGUAGACCUCCAUGCUCGGAUGUUUUGCCAAUCCACUGCUCUUACGAUGAUUGGUAGGUGGCAGUUGCUUCUGUACUGCUUGAGCUGCAAGAAGAGCUGUCAUGACUGCAGUUUCUUUUGUCUUAACCCCUUUUUUUGUGAACCUGCAUCAUUACAUCCCUCUGGGAACUUUUCUGUGUACCGUCAGGACACUAGGCCCAUUUUCUUACCCAUAACUCAUUACCCAAUUUGUGAAAACUUGCCUUACAUCCUGUGUUCCAAAAGAGGAGCAUGUGACUGUAAGAAUUAAGUUGUAUUGUGAUGUUUUCUGGUGCAUGGCAUCAGCUGACGGCAGCCCACGCCAAGCUGGUAAGACAGGUCUUUGCUUCAGACUAGCACAAGACGAUAGCUGGCUAUGUUAAAUGGCUUCAGGGUAAAGCUAUUGUAACCACGCCAACCAAUCUCCAUUAGACGUGUCAUUGGUCUACUGUUCAGCUCAAAGGGCAAGUUGUGAUGAAAUUGCAUGCCUUGGACGCUCCAAUUUAAUUUGGUAAAGAGCGUAUUUUCAUAAUGUUUCUUGUUUUAAAACCUCCAGAUGAUGAAGCUGCUGAAGACUACCUUGGAAACUUUACCAGACUUGUGUGGCCACUGCUUUGUUCGAUAGCUCACAAGAGACUAAACUGGACUUGCAACCCUAGUAAGAUGCUACUGUGAGACAAACUACCUGUCAUCAGAUGGACCUGACUUACAUCAUGCUCCCCCUUUCUGGAACCAGCUGAACACGGUUCUAAGAUGGACAGGGUGUAACAAAAGUCGAGAGAAAUUCAAAUGAUAACGCCAUAGAAGUAGAAACUGUCAGGGCAGAAUAAACAGGGAAUAGUGACAGAUGUGUUCAAUGUCUACAUCCUCAUCUGUUGAAACAGACCAAUUUCCUGCCCAGAGAGCUUUAUUUUUAUGCCUUAUGAUUCCAAAUGGGAUAUUAUUAUUGGAAGUGCAUUUUGAGACUUCCUUAGCAGUCAAAUUUAAGCAGGUUUUUGAUGUAUAGUGGCCUCAUAUCAGAGGAAAAUGGUUUAUAUUUCAACGGAAUCACGAUAACCAAGGGCCAUUUAGCAAAAUGGGUUAGACUUUUCCAUUGUUAGUUCUAUUAAGACAGGAGUAGAAUCAUUUCUGUUCAGUGAGUUGGGUGGAGGUGUAGUCAUGGCUAUGCAGUGGGCAGGACCGAGGACGUGGUUCUGGUUUGAAAGGUCCAAAUUGUGCAAUAUGACAGGAAGUCAGUUUAAAGAGAAGUCUUGUUCAUUGUAGAAGUGGAUACUUUUACAGAUGCGACAAAUAUGCUCCAUCAAUGACGUUUCUUUAUCUGUGCCUAUAUGCCGUUCUGUAAGAAAAAAACGGGAUGAUUGUAGCCUUGCAAACAGUUGCUGUCCAGUUGUAGCUCAUUUUAGGCAAUGUAAACGAAUCCUUCAAUUUGUGAUGGACUAGAUUCCUUCUCUCAUUCAAAUGUAUUUAACUGUUUGGUAAACUACGUGCAGAAGAAGCAUUCUUUGCACAAGCAAUUGUCA